AUGAAGUAUUUGGCUGCCUACCUGUUGUUGAACGCCGCCGGCAACUCUGCGCCAAGCGCGGAGAACGUCAAGACCGUUUUGGAAUCGGUCGGGAUCGAGGUCGAGGAGGACAAGGUCUCCUCGCUGGUCAGCUCCUUGGAGGGCAAGUCCGUGGAGGAAUUGGUCGCCGAGGGUAACGAGAAGUUGUCCGCCGUGCCAGCUGCUUCCGGCAGCGGUGCCCCAGCCGCCGGCGCUGCCGCCGGCGGUGAGGCCGCCGAGGAGGACGCGCCUGAAGAGGCUGCGGAGGAGUCCGACGACGACAUGGGAUUCGGCCUGUUCGACUAA